AUGCCGGGCGCGAGUGACGUAACCUUCGAGCUGAGCGUGGAGCCCCCCACGAAGGACGUGGACGAGGAGAAGCUGAAGGCCCUGGCGAAGGAGCAAAAUGGCAGUUACGCAGACGCGAAGGGAGACGACGAGGGGGAAACGCUAAACGAAGUGUUGCUGGCGUUGAAUUACCACAAGAAAAACGUCACCAAUGUUACGCUCCUCUCACUUAUUAAAGAUGCAACGAUUAACUUUGUGGCGGACUUGGAAGACGAGCUAGCCAUUUACCUGCAGGAUGAGAAGAACCAUUUUAGGGAGCCAUACGCGAAAAGCAUAAAAUUGAAGAGGGGGAAAAUCCUGGGGAGCUACGAAAACGGCAUGAUGCUAAACAGCCACCUGAACGUAGACGUCGGGUUCGAAUACAAUUUGAACACCAAAUUGGGAAGGAAAUGCAAAUAUAGGAAUCUACCUCACUAUCAUAAUUUAUUUAUUGCCCUUUUGAAGAAUUUUUUUUUUUCCAAAAAUUUUUCGCGUAACUUAAGGGAACAGGACCUAUCUCACAGUGUAGACAUCCGCGUGAGCGUGAAGACGUGGCUGAACAACUCCAAAUCUGUUUUGGUUCUCACCGUGCACAAGAGGGAGAAGCACGUGGGGAACGUCCACGUGGUGCUGUACCCCUCGAAGAAGGUCACCGCGAGUUUGCUGCAGGUUUACGGGAAGUGGUAUGCGGCCCCGCUGGAGAGGAGCCCCGCGCAGGUGGGGGAGAAGGAGAAGGAGAAUGCGGGGGAGAAGGAAGCCAAAGGGAAGAAAAAGAAAAAUGGAAAAAACGGCAAAAAUGGAAGGGCGGCAGACAAAGGGGCGGAGCGGGGAAGCGGCGGACGGGCCGUCAAAUCCGGAGAAAGAACCCCCGCAGAGGAGGAGCAGCUGAGGAAAAGAAUAAAAACCCUGUGCACGAGGAGAACCAUUUUGAAGAAGUUUAUCCUUACGGAGUGCCACCUGAUCGAGUGCGAUAGCAUCAUCAAAAGGAGUGUCGCCAGUGUGAGUGCGUACAGGCAAGCGGUCAAAUUGCUGAAGCUGUGGUGCCUCAACAGGAGACUACUGCUUACGUUUUCCACCCGGGAUGAAAGGAAUGAGAGCAAACAUAAGCAAGUAGGAGAGAGCUCCAAAAUUGGAGGCUUCUUCCACUACACGGAUGUUAACUCUUUUGCCUUGGGCCUGAUCUGCAGCUACGUUUGUUAUGAGCAGAAGCUGGAGAGGUGCGACGCCUUCCUCAUCUUUAAGAAAACGAUCAGCUUCUUAAGCAGCAUGGAUUUGUCUCACCAUGUGUAUGAAUACCAGAAGGGGGUCUUCACCUCAUCGGAGCGGGAGAAGGGGAGCUGUUCUUCAUCCGGACUAGCCAAAGGGCCACACCUAUUUUUGAUUAACUCCCUUUAUGACCCAUUUCAAUCCAUUUUUUGCUCCCUGACGGAGCUGAUUGAGGAAGCGAAGAAGGCAGAAUACUCCCUCCGUUGUGGCAGAUUAUACGACGUGUUUGCGGCGAAUUAUGAGUGCUUCUCUUUGAACUACGAAGAGGAGGUGGUGUUCCCCCUGCUGGUGAGCAACCACCUGCACGACUACAACGAGGUGGUGAUGGCUUUGCGGCGCAACUUGGUGCGCGGCCUGGCCGACCGCCUGGGCGAGGUGGCCGUCCGCCUGGUCCGCUUCCGCCUCCACGGGGGGGGAGCGGUGGAAGGGGUAGAAGCGGGGAAAGCGGCAGGUGAAGGGGUAGAAGCGGGGGAAGCGAAAGAGGCGGGAGAAGAUGGCGGGGAGGACCGCCACCCCGCCGCCCUGGGCGACCCCCUGCAGAGCCUCUUCCACGAUGUGCUGCUCACGUGGAAGCGGCGCCGAGGGGACGCGGCAAAUGGAGCCCCUGCCAAUGGAGCAGCUGCCAAGGGAGCGUCCGCCACAAACCAGGAGAGCGGCGCGAAGAAAGCGCUUCUGCGGAGGAAGACCCUGGUGGGGGUGAGCUUCUUCCUGAAGACGAGCAACGUGGUGCGGCUGAUGGACACCUCCAAGGAGCUCUACACCCCCGAGGGGACCUCCAAAUUUAAGAAGUUCUGGGGGGACAAGGCAACCAUUAGGCGGUUCGAAAAUAACACCAUUUUUGAGGUGGUUCAGUGGAAGAGACCCGCCGCGAGACUGCUUAGGAGGAAGAGGACCUACUCUAGUACCCUCCAUGAUGGCAGCGAAACGGAGGAGGAGGAUAGCCACGUGGGGAACCCCUUCUUUGAGGUGCUCUUCAGCCAGCUAUACGAGGGAAAGGCCCCAUCUGUGCAUGUACAAGCGAUCAAGAGCAUCCUACGCAUGAUGAGGUUCAACGAAGCAGCCACGUUGCAGAAGGGGUUACACGAAAGGAUACACUCCCUCCAAAGUGAUGACUGCAUUCACCUGUGUAGUUCCCAUAGGGUAAAAAAGAAAACCUUCUUCGUGUACCUCCCCUCCCCCCUGUUAAUGAAAGAUGCCCAUUUCAGCUACUACGAAGAAGUAGGCAAUUUAUAUAACGAAAUGAAAAACGUUUUAUAUAGCCUAAGUGAGAAGCUCUUUACUGUGUGUAACGUAAGUAGCUCGAAUGACCUACUCAAGACGACUGACUUGGGUUACAAGAGGAACAGAAAAAAAGUGAUAGAUCUUGUGGUUGACAUAAAAUUUAAUAAUGUGAAUUAUAAAAACGCUCAAAAUUUCUUUCGCAUUUAUGAAAGUGCCAAGGGGAUCAUUUCAAGUAAAAUUUCCACUGAGGGGAAGAACCUUUUCCCUAAAGUAGAAAAUAAGAACUUCUGUCUUGACGUUUCGUCCAAGCUGGUCCUCUUUAGACUCCACAUUUUUGUGAGUAAGGUGAUGGAGAGGAACCUCAUCCAGGUGACCAAUCUUGAUGACUUAAGAAUUGAGCAAGUAGAGCAUAUGAAGAAGAUAAAGAAUUAUAUUUUCAGACCGUUGGUUUCCUCCUUCGUUUCUUUUUAUGCAACCAAAUUUGCUUCCUUUCACUUGGCUGUUAAGAUAUGCAAGCUGUGGUUCGUCUCCAAGGGGGUAUUCUGUUAUGAGGACUUGGUAGAGAACGUCCUGUUUUACCUCUACACGCAGGAGUUUAGGAGUCACGCCAGGAGGAACCACUUCUAUUUGCAGAAGGGGCUACCUACCAGUAACACCCCACAUGAGCAGUUCCUACGGUGGAACAGACUCUACAGGAGGGUUGCCCACGCGGAGAGGGAAGACGAACGUGCAUACUACCGUGCCCUCUGCGAGAGGGAGAAACUCCCCUUGGGGGAGAGUCCCUCUGGUGUGACCAGCGCUAGUGAGAGCGCGGAGGACGACCCGUUCGUCAUCACUGCUCCGUUGCAGAAGAGCCCCGUGGAGGUGAGGAAGGACGGCCCCAGGGCCGCUCCCUACGGCGCCAAGGGGAAGAAGGGGAGCGGCAACGCGCAGCAGGUGGGCAAGUCGAAGAAGGAAGAGCCGUCAGUAUCAGCGGCGGGAGUGGCGGCCGCGGCGGGAGUGGCAGCCGCGGCAGACUCGCUGGACAACCCCGCAGAUGCCCUUGGCGGGGCGGACGAAUUUCUGGACUCCUUUUCCAUGUGCCCCAAAACGGCGCUGACCAAAUUCCUCUCCUUCCUCGUGAGCUACGACUGGCAGAACAAACCCCUGAUCGUGGAUUACGACCACUGCCUCAAGGAGGAGCACAAAAUUAAGCUAAUUAACUCCUUUCAUGCGAGGAAAAAGAACAAAGAAGUGAAAAAGAACUUUUGGAUCUGCUCGCUGUUUGACCCGCACUGCCUGCUCAUCAGCCUGCCCCACCAGAUGUACGAUUUGAUCCUCUCCGAGGCGAGGAAGUCCCUCGAAAUGGUGAAGAGGCUGGAAAAUAAUUUUGAGCGCGAGAAUUGGAUGUCCCUGUUUCUGCUCGAGCGAAGGAGCUACGACGUCGUUUUGAACUUCCACCGCCCGGAGAGGUCCCUCAGUUUGUUGAAGCAGAAGGUAAAACUGGUGGGGGAGGCGUCAGUGGGAGAAGCGUCAGUGGGAGAGGCGUCAGUGGGAGAGGCGUCAGUGGACGAAGCGGCAGCGGCUGCGGCAGCGGCAGCGGGGCAGCCCAGCUCGAAUGCCCCCGGCAAGAAGAAGGGCGACAAGAAGGAGGAGCAGCUGAGGAAGAAGAACCAGAAGAAGGAGCCGCCCUCGCAGCCAUCUCCGGAGGAAAACUUGGAGGAGGCAAAGGAAAGUGAAAGCGCAGCAGCCCUGCAAAACCACCGCAAAGCAGCGAGCGAGAACCAGUCCCAGACGCUGAACCACAUGUACCGAAUGGACGAAGCAUACGACCUAAGCUACCUAGACGACGUAACCAAAAUGAAGGGAGCAAAAACGUCUGACAUGCUAAAGGGUUUACACAAACACGAGCUAAUGCUUGUGUAUAGAAGCUACUUUAAUCAUUUUAUAAAAAAUCUGGAGGAGAAAUUCUCCUGCCAGAUAACGGUGCUGUAUAACCCCCUGUGCUUUAGCGAAAUUCUGGACGUUCACUGGUUCCGAAAAAAAAUAAAACGCAGACUUCGUAAGGCACCGGAACAGUAUGAGAGGGUAAGCUUGUCUUGGAGCCCCAAAGUGUUUAUCACGUUUAACCCCGCCUUCGUCAGUAACGUCCUUCAGGGGGAGGUGCCCCUGGAGGGGGGUCACGACGGGGGGGAAGCAUCUGUGGGGAAGGCAGCCGCGGGGCAAGCAGACGUAGGGCACGCAGCUGCUCCCAAAGCAGAUGCGGCGAAAUCUCCAAACAGUUUGCAGAGCCCCCCCAGCGCGGUGAACUCCGCCCUUGCGCUGAGCAACUUCAACGCGUUGAUACUUUACAUAAAGAGUAACGCGUGGGACCUCCUGCGUGGCGUUCACUUCCCCACCAUGUGA